GCGCGCGCGGCGCUGAUGGCGGCUCGCAGGGCGGCCCGCGGCCCCGGGCCGGGGCUGGACGAGUUCACCGUGCCGGCGGAGAAGAGCCGCUUCCUGGAGGGAUGCCGGGGCCGCAUCGAGGGCUUGUUCGAGGUGCAGCUGGCCGUGCUGGGGGCGCAGGCGGACUGGGGGCCCGCUGGUCCGCCGCCCCCGGGCCCGUCGCCGCCCGCCGCCAGGAUCUGGGUGCAGCUGGCGGGCGGCCGCAAGGCCGUGCGGAGCGCCAAGGAGUAUAUUAAGGGACUCUGUGAACCUGAACUAGAAGAAAAGGAGUACUACCCAAAGGACAUGCACUGCAUUUUUGUUGGUGCACAGAGCCUGUUUCUCAACUGUCUAAUUCAGGAUACCUGUGCUGACAUAGCAGUGCUGGAAACAGGAUUACUCAGUAUUAAGGGAGGUGCUGAAGCUGUUGUCAUGGCUCAAAGUCAUAUUCAGCAAUUUGUGAAACUUUUUGAAAAGAAUGAAAGCUUCAUAAGUGACAAAGAACCAGAAGUUAAAAAGCAAUUCAGACAAUUUGUGGAAGCACAUGCAGAUAAAUAUACGAUGGACUUACUGAUCUUGCCUAGCUCGCUAAAAAGAGAACUUCUAACUCUCACACAAAGUGAAUGUUAUGAGGAGAGUGAUAUCAUUGAUCUUACAGGUUCUGAAAGCCCAACAGAGUUUUUACAGAAUAAAGCCUCCAAAGUAAUUGUUACAAACAGAGAUGGAAGAGCAGGUGGUGAGGAAGCAAGAAACAAUGCGGGAACACCUGUAACUGAGCUUACAAGGAAAAUGGACUCUGUGUUUUCUGAUACUUAUGAAACAAGUUUUGUUCCCAUAAAUGUUGUGCCUCCAUUAGAGGCUGUGGUUUCUAAAGAAAGACAGUCCUGUAAAAGACGAUCUUCUGAUGCUGAGGAAAGACUUCCUAAAAAGCAGUUCUCUUUAGAAAAUGAUCAACAAGUUAAAUCUUCCUCACAUUGUGAUCCUUCCAACAAGGAUACAGUUGUGGAUCUACUUUCAGAUAGCUGCAGUGAAUCAGAUAAUCACAGUUUCGCUAAUAAAGAAGGCAGUGAUAUCAGUGAGGAAAUGGAAUACAAGAUUCUUGUAAACUUUUUCAGAACAAUGGGCUAUUCACAGAAUAUUGUAGAAAAAGUUAUUGGUAUUCUAGGACAAUCUGUGGAACCAUUAACACUGUUAGAAGAAAUUGAAAAGGAAAAUCUGAAAUUUCAGAAAGAACACGAACAGUCAUCUCAAAAACUUGCAGCUUUAAAUCCUCCACUAGGAGGUAAUAGAAAUCAUUCACAAACUCAAGAAGACAAAGAAAUUUCUAGCAAUAAAAAUCUGCUUAAAUCUGUUCAUGCUUCAAAGGAGGUAAAAAAUGAACACCACGAAACAAGAGCGCUACCAAAUGUACAAGCUGAUGCAGAAGGUAAAAGGCAUAUGCUUACAUGCAAACCUACCUCCCCUUCCAGUAAAAAGUCAGAUACAUGUUGUGAACUAAGAGAUACUUAUUCCCCUGGUAAGAAUCGCAGUUCAGAAUUAAGUGAUAUAGAAGCUGAUGGUGCUGUGACUUGCAGGACUAUUCUGGCUGGUGUUCCAAAGGAUGUUGAUUUUGUAGCCAGAGGGAGCUCAGAUGUGCAACAUAUGCCAGCUAAGACUAAAACUGCAAUUCAGCAGAAAUUUGCGGAGCCUACGACUGUACAGAACAGUCAUCCUGUUCUUGAUGACCAGUUAGGACAAUGCAGCUCUUCUCAGGUGAGACCUCUUGAACAGCGCCCUUCCCAGACUUCAAAAUUUGAAAAUACUCCUCCAGAUCCUGUAUUGUCUUCACAAAUAAAAGCUUCACAUACUGAUAAUGAGAUAGUGGGACCAUACAGAUGUCACGUUGAUCCUUCAGUUACUGGGGUUCAAAGAUUUAUGGAUUCUCUGAAAAAACCAUAUCGACUGGAGUUGAAAAAUGAUCCUGGGAAACCGUAUUUAAAACAUAUCAUCAUUGAUGGAAGCAAUGUUGCAAUUUCUCAUGGUCUAAGGAAAUUCUUCUCCUGUCGAGGAAUUGCAAUAGCUGUUGAAUACUUUUGGAAACGUGGCCACAGAAACAUUACAGUGUUUGUUCCACAGUGGAGAACAAGACGUGAUCCCUCCAUCACAGAGCAGCAUUUUUUAACACAGCUGCAGGAUGUUGGGAUACUGUCAUUAACCCCUGCAAGGAUGGUUUUGGGAGCAAGAAUUGCUGCCCAUGAUGACAGAUUUUUAUUACAUCUUGCUGAUAGAACAGGAGGUGUUAUUGUGACUAAUGAUAACUUCAGAGAAUUUGUGACAGAAUCGCUUGCCUGGAGAGGAAUUAUUCAGAAAAGGUUGCUACAGUAUACUUUUGCUGGGGACAUAUUUAUGGUUCCUGAUGAUCCUUUGGGAAGAAAUGGACCUAGAUUAGAUGACUUCCUUCGCAGUGAAGGCUCUUCUAGAGACUUACUGUCAUCACAGAAGGCUUUACAGAGCCGUGGACAAUAUUCUGAGAAAUCUUUCUUCGUGCCAGUCCCCAAACAAACUAGUAGCAAUCGACAGCCUAAAAUCCAAAUACAUGGAGAUCAUUCACCAACCUGGCUUCCACUAGAACCAAACGUACAGCCUUGUCUAACAAUUCCACCACAGAGAUCUGCCUCAGAAACAAUACAGCUAAGAGAAGCUCUUAUAAAAAUAUUUCCUGAUUAUGAGCAAAAACAGAAGAUUGAUCAAAUACUAGCUGAACAUCCAUUCAUGAGAGAUCUUAAUGCACUGUCUGCCAUGGUGCUUGACUGAGUAUUUUGCAAGGUGUUUUUAUAUCACGACUGAUCUAUCUAACUUUGAAUGUCAAUGUGAAGAAAAAUAUUGCUGUUAUGUUACUUUGUGAAUAUUCAGAACCUAAUUUUAUUUGUAUAAACAAAGAUAUUUUUGUGUAUGUUUC